UAUAGAGCUCCAGUGUUAAUGGCGUUCUGAGCUUUAUCAAGUUCACGCUCCAUCAAUACACUGCAUCAAUUUUGCACCCACCAACAAAUUGUUAGGAGAAAGAGAACAAGAGAUGUCUGGCUCAGUCAGUGCGCAAUACGUCCCACUGUACCCGGUGCACGGUGGCCUUCCCGAUCCCGAGAUUCGGACAUUCAUCACCAACUUCUACAGGAUAUCCGACAAGCAGGAGUUGAAUGAGCUGUGGGUCGACCAGUUCACCAAAGAUGCACAUAUAGCUGUUGGGCCUGCGAAGGCGACUGGGCGAGAGGAUAUCCGCACAAUGCGUGAGGGAAUGUGGUCAGCGGUACAAGAGAGAAGCCACACAGUUCGAAAGGUCUUCCCGGGGCAGUUUAUUGAAUCGGCGGACAGCAAGCGGGAAUGCGAGCUGAUGCUUCUCGGCGAAGUAUCGUACAAGACCAAAGACGGCGUCUCAAGCACUGUUGCAUGGGCGGGCCACGGGACUGUGAGAAAGGUGCAAAAUGAGGAUGGCAACGAAGAGUGGAAAUUUGCUGCGUAUUCUGUGUAUAUGAUGAAAUAGCGGCCUGCAUGAAAUCCAUGAAGUUGUAGUGAUACUGCGUCU